CCCUGCACAGCAACCCUGGACGGCGUGGACAGCCUGGCGAGCACCGCACCGAAAGGUUACCCUCGGCAGAAGAACUGGACGUGUCGUGAACGUUUUCAACGAGAGUGACCUGCGCCUGUCCGUGGCUGAUAAAAAGUGUAGGCUUGUUGUCACGGCUUCAGGUGCCAUAGACACCAUGAUGACGGAGCCUUUGCUGCUGUUUCUACUUGUGAGUGCCUUCCUUGGCGUAAACGCCGAAGGAGAGCAAUUCGUCACAGAUGCAGUCUGUGUGUUUGAAGUUGGGACACCGCAAGGCUACGUCGAGUUCCACCAGAAACCCGGUCAGCGUGUGACUGUGCAAGGCAACAUAACUCAACUGGCGCCAGGGCUGCAUGGUUUUCACGUGCACGAAUAUGGAGACCUGACGGAUGGUUGCACGUCAGCUGGUUCCCACUACAACCCAUUCGGUAAAAACCACGGUGCUCCAUUUGACGAGGAUCGUCACGUGGGAGACCUUGGAAACAUAGAGGCAGACGAGGGUGGCUCUGCAGUAUUUGCACUGACAGAUCACCAACUAGAACUGAAUGGCGAGCUCUCCAUCAUUGGCCGCUCCAUUGUGGUACACCAAGACAGGGAUGACCUCGGCCGCGGCAACUUUUCAGACAGCCUUACAACCGGACAUGCUGGAAGUCGAAUAGCUUGUUGUGUCAUUGGCAUCGCGCCGGACAGUUAGAAUAAAAAUAUUUGGCCGUGGAUAUGCGGGUAUUUGGCAUGAUAGGAAAGAGCGGGAGCUCUUCACCUCGCAAGGGCGUUUCUUGAACUGAAGAACACAUCACUUAGUUGUUAGCACCAAAUAACUUUACUGCAACUAAGGAAACAAAAAUAUUAAAAGUUCCGCGAAUUCCGUCAAAUUCUGAUAACACUCUGUUCCCGCUAGUAAUUCCAAAAGCAAUAUUUGCAGUACUUAUUUGGCGUGGCGCGCAGUGUGGAGAAACAAAAUGGGUGCUUAUGCAACAUUGUUAUUGGUGGCAAAAUAUUUAGAUAGCCUGAAUAUUUCGUACAUUGCAUUAUUUUAGCACCGUUCGAACCUUCGGAAUAAACUUAUUGUGACAGUAUGUUACUCAUCCACGUAAACGUACCAAGUGGUGUCGUUUGCGGCGUAGCAAAUGAUGAAUCCGAGAACUUAGUUCAGGCUGUAAAAAAAAAACUGCGUUUCGUUUUGUUUGCAAAUUGCAGAAUCCUUUACCGGUAGUGGCUUAUAGGCGUUUUGUGGAUACAACCGAAAAUACAAAAGCUUACCUACCUAUACAUAAAAAUUCGCUGAAUUGCGUGCGCCACCCCCAAAUUUAUUAACUUUACGCGGGAAGAACGAUACCUCUACUUCAUCAUGUUGCAUGCUCUGAAGAUACAAAAACCAAUCAUCACCUGAUUUCUGUGCCCCACCUCAUCUUUAUUACGCUAAAAACUGCAUUAAUACCGAAAUCAAAUUCAAUAGCAUAACGAGGGUCUGCUGCCUGCCAGCAUACUGCAAGGAAGACAGCGACCCACAAUGCGUUAACUUGCGACAACGACUUCAUUAAGGCAAAAGCCUUAGAUGGCUCAUAGGUCGCAAAAUUGACUUUCCGGCAUUAUGCUACCAUAAUUCAAGCGCUUGCGCCAGUAUUACUUUAUCAAUAAAAGAGCUCCAUUAUCUGUGUUCGCGUUGAACAGAAAUCCUUCUAAAUAAUCAUUGUGAUGACGUGUGGUUUUCCCGGUUUUGUUCUUUGUCGAGCAAUGUACACGUGUCUUAUUACGUUUUGAGUAGUAUAAGUACGCCUGCAAGAAUUGGAAAUAAAUCUGCUGUUAAAGUUA